AUGAUGGAUGAACUACAAAAUUUAGUGGAAAAAAUAAAAAAAUAUAUUCAAAAUGUAGAUAAUAAAAUUAAAAAUGGUGAUUUAAGAAAAAAUGUAGAAAAGUUUCUUUUAAGUAAUAGAACAGAAAAAGGGCAAUUUAAUGAUAUGCUAUCCUUAAUACAGUAUUCGCUUAAGUAUAAAGAUGUAUGUAAUUGGCCUAAUUACAACGAUUUAUUUAUUAUAAAUUAUAAUAUAAAUAAUAAUUUCAAAUCAAUUAUACAAAAAAAUGAAAAAUUUCUUCGUCACUACAAAAACCAUACAUCUAAUGAGCACGAAGAAAAUAUAACCACAGAAAGUAGCAGAAAAGAUGGCGAGAAAACAACAAACCCAAUUAAUACUGAUCAAAUUGUAUCCUCAACUAAGGAUAAAGAAAUAGAUAAUAAUAAAAAAUUUUCAUCCUUUAGUGAAAAUAAUCAGGAUAACAUUGCUGGUAAGGGAAAUAAUAAUAUAGAUCUAAAUUUAGUGGACAAAAUUAAACUCAAUUCCAAGGGAAUUAAUACAAAUACAAAAGAAAACAACCUUAAUAUACAUUAUAAUGAUGAUAUAACUCUAUUUAAUAAACUAAAAUUACAAAUGUUUAUGUAUUUUGUACGAAAUAAUUAUAAAGUAAAACUGUUAAUCGAUUCAUUGUCAGCAAUGAACCAUCCAAUAAAUAUAAUAUAUAUAAAUUGCCCAAAUAAUAAAUAUAAAAAAAAAAACAUUUUUCAAAAGGUUAGUGACUUAUUUCUAUCUGAUUAUAAAGUUAAUGAUAAAUUGAUUAACAGCAAAUAUAAUUAUCAGAAAAAUAAUUGUUCAUGCUCUGAAUUGUCAUCAACGUCCUUAAAUAAUAAUAAUGAUCCAUAUACACAAAAAAAAAAAACAUCCAAUUAUACAGGUGGUUAUAAUCCUAUAAGUAAUACUAUAUGGCUUUGUGCAAAUAACAUUACUAAUUUUUAUAAAUUAAAAUAUAUAUUAACACACGAACUUAUUCAUGCUUUUGAUUUUGCAAGAGCAAAUAUCGACAUGUAUAAUUGCCACCACAUUGCUUGCUCAGAAAUAAGAGCUUACAACAUGAGCAAUCAAUGUGGCUACUUUAAUAGUAAGCACUUUUUACCUAAUCAUGAUGUUUUUAAUUAUUUAAAAACACCAUCAAUUAAUGAUACUGCAAAAAAUAAAUGUAUAUAUAAUAAUACAUACACAUCAUUAUAUCAAUAUAAACCUUGUGCUAAUAAUACUCAUAAAUAUAUAAAUGAUGUUUUUGAAAAAUGUAUACAUGAUUAUUGGCCAUUCAUGUGUGCGCCGGAACAAGACAGUAAGUAUAAGCCAUCCAAAACUUAA